GGGGUUAAUCUGCAGGUCUCCGCCUCCAGCUGUACGUACAUCCCGCUGUAGUGUCCGGGGAGGGGAGGCCAGCAGCAGCAGCAGCAGAUCAUUAUCCCCGGGAGUCGGGACAGGGAGCAGCAGCAGAUCAUUAUCCCCGGGAGUCGGGACAGGGAGCAGCAGCAGAUCAUUAUCCCCGGUAGUCGGGACAAGGAGGAGCAGCAGCAGCAGAGCCUCCGGGGAGCGGGAACCCAGGUAUAAUGCUGCUGGAGAUUGCUAUCGCCCUGGCACUGGGGGUGCUCCUCUACAAAUAUCUUUUCCGAGGAGAAGAGGAGACCCUGCCCAUUGGAGACGGCUGGUGGGGUGUCGGGCAUAGACAAGACGAUGAGAAUGAGGACAUCCGUCCUUUUAAAAUUGAGACAUCGGAGGAAGAACUAAAUGACUUAUUUCGUCGGAUUGACCAAACGCGUUUCUCCGAGCCGCUAGAGGGCAGCCGGUUUAACUACGGCUUCAACUCCACCCAUCUCAGGAAGGUGGUGUCUUACUGGAGGAAUACGUUUAACUGGGAGAAACAACUGGAAAUCAUUAACCAGUACCCGCAUUUCAAGACCAAAAUUGAAGGUAUUGACAUUCACUUUCUUCACGUGAAGCCGGUAAACCUCCCACCCGGCCGCAAAGCCAAGCCCCUUAUCAUGGUCCAUGGCUGGCCAGGAUCCUUCUACGAGUUCUACAGAAUAAUCCCGCUCCUUACGGAUCCCACCAGCCAUGGUCUGAGUGAACACUUUGAGGUUAUCUGCCCAUCCAUUCCCGGAUAUGGAUUCUCGGAAGCGUCUCACAAGCAAGGAUGUAACUCGGUCGCUGUCGCCCGGAUCUUUUACAAGUUGAUGCAGAGGUUGGGGUUCCGGGAGUUCUACGCUCAGGGGGGAGAUUGGGGAGCCAUUAUCUGCACAAAUCUUGCACAGAUCGCUCCUAGCAACGUGAAGGGUCUGCACCUGAACAUGGUGGAUGCGGUCAAUGGUAAACCGCUCGUGCUGCUCUCCAUAUUGCUGGGUCAGUACUUCCCGGGGCUGUUCGGCUUCCAGGAUGAGGACGUAAGACGGAUGUUCCCCUUCAUGAAGAAAGUCGUCAACCACAUUGUGAGUGAGAGCGGGUACAUGCACCUCCAGGCCACCAAGCCCGACACCGCAGGCUGCGGAUUAAAUGACUCCCCCGUUGGGCUCGCCGCGUAUAUUCUGGAGAAGUUCUCGACCUGGACAGAACCCGAUUUCCGUGAUUAUGAGGACGGAGGCCUGGAGAGAAAGUUCUCCCUGGACGACCUUCUGACCAACGUCAUGAUUUACUGGCUGACUGGCUCCAUUGUGUCCUCAAUGAGGUUCUACAAGGAGACCGUCGGCAAAGGAAUUGGCGUGUCCAAACAUGACAGAGUACUCGUCAAGGUCCCCACCGGCAUCGCUUCUUUCCCCAAUGACCUGCUGCAUUGUCCCCUCCUAUGGGCCAAGCAGAAAUUCAUCAACAUCGUCUCCUUCAGCUACAUGCCCCGAGGGGGUCACUUCGCUGCCUUCGAGGAGCCGGAGAUUCUGGCGAAAGACAUCCAGCAGUUUGUAAGGAAGGUGGAACAGAAAUAAGGGGGAGACAGGAGGCAGAAUGUAACCCGCAGCAGAUAUCCGGACACUACAUGCUGCUCUACAGUCCAGGAAUCCAUGUGCCGAUAUAGAACAGAGAAAUUCUCUAUAUAAACUACUGGUCGUUAUUGUCAUGUGAGAGGAGGGGAAUUACAUAGUAAUAAUCACCAGUUGUAGAGUAUACAGGAGAACGCUGUUAUCAUUCAGGAAAUAAGAAUUGUGCCUUAAACAUAGAUGGAAAUGACAAGUAUUGCCUUAGAACGGAGAGGGUGAGACUCGUACAAUCUGGUUGUAUCUGAUUGUAUAGGUCUCCUGUAGCCGUACAACCCACAGUGCCUUUAGGCUCCCAUUCCCUUGAGAUAUCUGUGCAUGGAAAUAAAUCCUUUGCGAGACCGGUCACUAGUGGGUAAUGAGAGCUAUCUGAGUCUCCCGCUGGGUAAUCAGAGUAUGACGAGGGCCAACGCUCCUAUAUGGGCUGAUUCAUUAAGAUUUUACUUACUGAGGGUCUGGCACCCUCUAGUGGCAGUUUAGAGUAAUAGUCUUGCUGUCAGUCUUUCAACAUAGUUCUCUCAUGUCCAAGUUCACCUCCUUUGGGGGAGAUGUACUAAGCUCUGGAGAGAGAGUGGAGAGAGAUAAAGUACCAGCCACUCUGCUCCUAACUGCUAUGCUACAGGCUGUAAAAAUGACAGUGAGGAGCUGGUUGGUUGAUAGUUUAUCUUUCUCCACUCUCUCACUUUACAAGGCUUCGUACGUCUGCCGGUAAGCAUGAUGCAGCGUUACACCUGUGAUAUCGGGUCCAUUACCCGCCUAGAACACCACCUGUGGCCCUACAAAAGCCGCACUGCCAGACAGUGAUCCUAUUGCAUGCUGUAGUGUCACUGUCAGGCAUUACGGAAUCUGUGUUUGGAAGAUCGAUACCUAUCAGUAAUCCCCUUCCACCUGCACUAUGGGGGGAGAGUCAUCAGUUGGUUGCUUUGGGCAAUCAGCUAGCAUUUUAUACAAUGUACAGGAUAGAUGAUAUCCAUAAUCUGGUUGCCUCUUCGGAAUGAUUGAUAAAUCCCCCCCCCCCCCCCCCUCCCCUCCUGCCAAUAAGCUGCAGCAACCGCAGAAGGGCAUCCUGGGAGACGAACAACCAAAUCUCAUCUGAUUGGGCCACACACACGCUGAGGUGAGAGACGGGAUUGGCAGAUGCCAUCCAGAAAUGUUUUUUUUUCAUCCACUAGGGGACACUGGAGUACUCUUGGGAUAUGGACGGGGCAUAGCUGGGAAUGGCACAUUUAAAUAUUUAACUUAGUAACUAGUCACCCCCUGCAUACUCCCAUAGAGCCUCCAGUAUUUUUCUGUGCCUCCAGUCGGGAAGGUACAGUGGACGAAGUCCACAGAAACUUCAAGGUUUUUGUUACGUGCUAGGAAGCCAGUUACGGCAGCUCAUUAUCACAGAAUUUGGUGUGCCUAUAUAGGUUGGGGUGAAGCUCUGAAGUUUCCGACAUCAUCUUUCAAGUUAUCCCGUCUUUUAAUAUUUUUACAGACUGGGUUAGGUGGAGGACUACACUUCUACACCCGAGGUGCAGGUCUUUGCCUUGUCAAUUUACCUUCAAAGGCGUUUGGCUCUUUUGCCGAUUUUACACCCCUUCCUGCAAGGUGUCCUCAGAGUACAACCUCCAUUUAUACCAGUUUCUCUUAGCCUUAGCCUCAGCAAGGCGUGUUUUAACAUUGGGUGCCUUGUCAUGCAAGCCACCCAAUCUGGUGUUUUAUGAUCAUAGAGCGGAACUUCGCACAAAUUUCUUUUUCUUACCAAAGAUGUUACAUAUCACUUAAUCAAUCGUAGUUCCUGUGUUAUCAGUAGGUUCAAGAACUUCAGUUACUUUAGAGGUGGUACGCGCACUACGCGUUUAGGUAGCCCAAACAUCAAUUGUUAGUUUAACAGACAUAUUGUUUGUUCUCUAGAAUGUAGUUAAGAUGGCUUGGCCAGCUUCCAAGCAGACCUUAUACCAUACGUCAGGCUUAGCUUCAUCAUAGGCUACAACCGCCUACAUCAAUGUCAGACCAUUCCACACGUUCUUGGGAACGUCAUGGGCAGGCUACAACCGCCUACAUCAAUGUCGGACCAUUCCACACGUUCUUGGGAACGUCAUGGGCAGGCUACAACCGCCUACAUCAAUGUCAGACCAUUCCACACGUUCUUUGGGAACGUCAUGGGCAGCAGGUCGUGGAGCUUCUAAGAAACAACUUAGACGAGCUGCUACAUGGUCAUCAGUGCACACGUUUGUGCGCUUUUACAAGUUUGCUACGUUUACGGCAUCAGCUUCUAGCUUUGGCAGUCUAGUGUUACAGGUGCCAAACAGCUCUCCCGCCCUAGGGGGUAACUUUGGUACAUCCCAAGAGUACUCCAGUGACCCCUAGUGGAUGAAGAAGAAAAUAGGAUUUUGGUACUUACCAGAUAAAUCCUUUUCUUUGAAUCCAUAGGGGGCACUGGACGCCCACCCAGAGCAGUUUUACCUGUCUUGUGAUAAGUUCAGUGGAUCUUAUGGUAACACAUUAUCACCGUUGGAUACGAUGUUACGGUGAUAUCUAUUAUGGUGUCAACAGGUUAGUUGUCAGUUACGUUAUAUGUCAACUUUAGUGUUGUCCGUUAUAUUAUAAUGUUAUAUGUAAUUCUCUAUGGUUCAUCCUCUCUAUCGCUCCUGUUCAGCUCAGUAAAAAUACUGACGGCUCUAUGGGAGUAUGGAGGGGGUGACCAGUUACUAAUUUAAAUAUUCAAAUGUGCCAUUCCCGGCUACGCCCCGUCCAUAUCCCAAGAGUACUCCAGUGCCCCCUAUGGAUUCAAAGAAAAUAAUUUAUCUGCUAAGUACCAAAAUCCUAUUUUUUACGGAAUUCAAAUUCAUGAACAAACCUGGACUGAACCAGCCGUGCGGCUUCUCCAAACCCUAAAUACUAGAACGUGUUCUCCUUGUGCCGUUUGAUCCUUUCCUGUAGUAGCAACAUUCUUCUUUUUGUUUUUCUUUUGCUACUUUUGAUUUUCUAUUUUUGUAUUUUUUUCAAUAAGCAAAUAAUUGAAGUAAUUUAAUGUAGAGACGUAGACGAUCUGAUUGUAAUGUUACGUUGUUAAUAAAGUUUUGUAAAUCACGUAA